GUUCCCCUGUUGCAGUUGACGCGGCGCGCCUUCAGUCGCAGGGCAGUUUCAGUCACUCCACAUAACCUGGAAACGAAGAUAGGGGAUUUGUUUUCAGAGCCUUCGCUUCGGCUCUCGCGGUGUUCUUGGAUUUCCCUCGAGUAAGGUGAAGUAGGGGCGGCAAGACGGGGUUUCCUCUCUCUAAAAUUCAUACGGAGCAAGACACGAAAGGGAAAAUGGGGAAAAUGGCACACAUUUUGGCAAAUGGUCAACCAUGAAGACAUCAGGUGCCUUGGAAUCACGGAGAUCACCAGUUUGAUGAUGCCGCGAUGAGUGAAGGUCAAGCGCUCCUGCCAAAAGAUUUAGAGCUACGUUUUGAUUGGAUCUGUUUUAAUUAAGUGUUACGGGAACCGAACACAUUAUGGGGCUGUGUUAUAGUCUGCGUCCUACUCUCUGGGGAGAUCCCGGCGGUUACAUGUCAGAUUCCGAACAGCCAGCAGAUUCGUCCUUACCCCUGCGCUCCGGGUCUUCGAAUCACGAGGACAAGGGAGAGGAUAUCAACGACAUGGUGGCACCCCGCGAGUGUCUGUUCUGCCGUGGGAAUUCCCGCAAGAAUCCUAAUCGGGCUAUACGGCAGGGAGACAUGACCGACGGCGUGCCCGUUCAGAAUGGCAAUGGAGGAGGCGAUGACCAUGGCGGGAGGCUUCGCGUGCAGAAGCACAGUCCCCACAAACGAAAAAACUUAGACAAACUGUUAGCGAUGGAAAAGGCAGCCGCGAAAGAGGCAAAGAAAAUCAGUAUACGCAUUGACCGAGAACUCAAGGAGCAGAAAAGGGAAUACCGGCAAACAUACCGACUUCUUUUACUUGGAGCUGGAGAGUCCGGAAAGAGCACGAUUGUCAAGCAGAUGCGGAUCCUUCACGUCAAUGGCUUUAAUGCAGAGGAAAAGAAACAAAAAAUCUUGGAUAUUCGAAAAAAUGUGAAAGAUGCCAUAGUGACGAUAGUUUCAGCGAUGAGCACUUUAAUUCCUCCCGUUCCACUCGGCAAUGUAGCCAACCAGCCCCGCAUCGACUACAUCAAAAGCAUAGCGCCCCUCUCGGACUUCGACUACACAGAGGAGUUCUUCGACCAUGCCAAGCAUCUGUGGGAAGACGAGGGGGUGAAAGCAUGCUUCGAACGCUCCAACGAGUACCAGCUCAUCGACUGUGCACAGUACUUCCUGGACAAAAUUGAUCCUGUUAGUCAACCCGACUACACUCCAACAGAUCAGGACUUGCUCCGCUGCAGAGUUUUGACUUCAGGGAUUUUUGAAACGCGAUUUCAAGUAGACAAAGUGAAUUUUCACAUGUUUGAUGUUGGUGGGCAGAGAGAUGAGAGAAGAAAAUGGAUUCAAUGCUUUAACGAUGUCACAGCCAUCAUAUUCGUAGCUGCCAGCAGCAGCUACAAUAUGGUCAUAAGGGAAGACAACAGCACCAACCGGCUCCGGGAAUCUCUGGAUCUCUUCCGGAGCAUCUGGAAUAACAGAUUUCUGCGAACUAUUUCUGUCAUCUUGUUCCUGAACAAGCAAGACAUGCUUGCAGAGAAGAUCCUGGCGGGCAAAUCCAAACUUGAAGACUACUUCCCAGACUACGCUCGCUACUCCCCUCCGACUGAUGCUGCGGGUGACCCAGGAGAGGACCCGAGGGUCACCAGAGCAAAGUUCUUCAUCCGGGAUGAGUUCCUGAGGAUCAGCACUGCGAGUGGCGAUGGCAAACACUACUGCUACCCUCACUUCACCUGCGCUGUGGACACAGAGAACAUUCGCCGGGUCUUCAACGACUGUCGAGACAUCAUCCAGAGAAUGCACUUGCGCCAGUACGAACUCUUGUGAUUGGCUGUCUGUCAGCAACGAUCGUCCAGUUAGAGCUCCACUCUGCUCCCAAACACACAAGCCCAGUACUGGGGACUAUGCUACUGACAAGUGACAAUGUUGCCAUUUUUUUUGUUUCUUUUUCAUUUGUUUCUUUCUUUUAAUUUAUGACCCAUGCUUUUUUUUUUUUGGUUAUUUUAGUGGAGGGACAGGAAUUAAGUUUAUGUCGAGUGAAUGUAUUUUGUGUGUGCGUGUGUGUUUCUCUGUGUGUGUGUGUGUGUGUGUGUGUGUUUCUCUGUGUGUGAGUGUGUGUUUGUGUGUGAGAGAGAGAGUGCAAGAAUGCCUUCAUGUUUACGUCCACUCUGUUCAUUUUGAUGAAAUGCCUUGAUUUUCAGGUCAUUCCACUAAUACGCCUUUAGCUACCUGUCAUUUUGAGAAGAAGACUUUUUUUCCUUUGUUUAUUUUUUUGGUUUCUUUCUUUUCUUCUGUUGUGGUUGUAUGUGGACCAGCUGACUCUAAGUGAGCAGAUGGCUGUCGGAUGGUUUACCUGAUGGACUUUCGGUGCGGGUGACCCAACGACCUUUGACCUCUGGCACCCUGCACUCUUUUUUUUUCUUGUUUUUUUUUCUGGAGGGCUUCUCCGCUCGUCUCCUGAGUGAGCGGACUGUAGGGAGAGAUUUUUUCAUGCACUUUGUGUCUGGUGUCUCCAUCCCAGAGACUGGGCCGGGUCGGCUAGGAGCGGUGGAUUUGGCCCAACGCCGGGCCAGAUCACAUUGAGGGCGUCCCGGAACCGGUCCAGAAACACUGAUGCCACCUGGGUUUUGCCAUUGAAUGAAGUGCACACACAACACAACGCGAUGUAGCACCACGAUAUUUAUUAACGACUGUCGCGAUUUGCUUUAUUUUCCAUGAGAUUUCUAGAGUACAGUUGCAGGAGUUGUGUAGAGACAAUUCGGGGGUUGUAAAUUUUAGAGUUAAAGGGUUUGGAUAUGAGGGAGGGUUGCGUGGGGAGUGGGAGUGGCUUGUGUGUGGCUCCAGGGGGCUGCUGGGAUUUGUAGUCCCACGCAGCUGUAAGUCCUGCCAAUGGCACCAGGACUGAAUGACAGCGUCACUCACUUUCUUUCAUCCACCGAUGAUCCCUCGUGGGAGAGGAGGGUUUUCCCAGUGGAACAAUAGCCCUAUAUAAAUAUAUAAAUAAAUAUAUAAUAUAUUUUCGGUUUAUGUUUUACUAUCCUAAGGAUUGCGUGAGGUGGAUUCACUUUGCGCAGACUGCAAAAUGUAAUGUUAUUUUGUACAACUUCAUCGAGAGAUUGUGAGAGUGGAAAGAGAAAGAGAACUGACUAGUAGAAGAUCUUUGUGCCUUCAUCGCGGCUGUACCUUGUAACAUGAGCUCUGAUGUAAGAACGUUAUUGUUUUUGUUUUUUGUUUUUGUUUUUCUGACUGCGCUGUACAGCUUGAUGUCAGCUCCGUCCACAGUCAAAACUGCUGGUGGGAAAACUUCUCUGUAGAAAUUUAGUCUUUUCUGGUUUAUAACAAAAAAAAGAGAUGUUCUUUAGUACAAAAAUGAGAAAAAAAAUGAGGAAAAAAAAUCCUGUAUACGAUAUGCAAAAUUAACCACUUACCUACAGUGAUGAGCAGAUGUUGCAUUGACAUUGCCUUUGUUUCUCUCUUUAAGAAUUCCUUCUUUUUUGUUCCAAUUCUCAGCUUUAAAACAUUGGAAAUUCGAAGUGUCCAAAUCACAACCUGGUGUUGUUUUAUUAGGAAGCAUCUUUUUAGAUGUGUGUGUGUGUAUGUGUGCCUGCGUGCAUGUGUGCGUGUGUGUGCGUGCGUGUGUGUGUGCGUGCGUGUGUGUGUGCGUGUGUGUGUGUGUGUGUGUGUGUGUGUGUGUGUGCAUGCGUGCAAGACAGAGAAAGAACGUGCACCAUGCGUGUGUUCGUAGAUGUGUGUGUAUGUAUACGUGUUCAGCAUGCAUGUGUACAUAUACACCCAUAUACCCAUGCGUCGUGGCCACAGACCUGGAGUUGUACAUCUGCAUUUUUAUAUUGAUAUGUGUACAUAUACAUUUAUAAAGAUGAGUUAUAUUCUAUAAAUAUAUAUGUACAACUAUACAUAGUAAUGUGUGUGCCUAUGCGUAUACAUAUUUAUGAAUGUCUAGAGAGAAGGUAUGCAUACAACAGGCAUACACAAGAGCAUAUAUUAGAAUGAAAUGAAGAAUUGAGAAACUAGUGAUUUCUUUGGUCAUCAAAGAGACCUUCACAAUUGCACAGGCAUUGUGGACGCGUGAGCACUGUUAGAUAGCCUAUUCUUUACACCGAACAGCAGCUUUUCUUGUGCAAGUCUAUUCCGACAAAAAAAAAGUGUGAUUUAAAAAAAAAAAAAAAAAAAAAAAAAACUUUUUGUGUCUGGCCUUUGAGGAUUUGGAGUUUUUUUUAUUAUUAUUAUUUUUAUUUUAAUAAAGAGGCACAUUAGCA